AGGAUUUUCAGGAAGCAAUCCAUGACUGUGAUCACCUCGACUAUGCUACUGGGAGGUCUUUUUGCAGUAAUUUAUUUUUACGAUUCUCAAGUGUUCACAAACUUCAACACCAUGUUUGUUGAUUUCAACGUAAGAAGCAUCAACAGCCAAGCAGAGCCAUCCAACAGUAGUUUGUCUUAUAAAUUCUCCUGGCCAAACUGUGGACAAAACCAGUCUGCAGCCAACGUCACAAACUUUAGCUCGCUUCCUGAGAUCAUAAGAAACUUUCUUUACACCCGCCACUGUCGACAUUUCCCCAUGCUGCUCGACAUUCCUGACAAAUGCGGCGGACCUGAUACAUCGGCAGACGUUUUUCUCCUGCUGGUCAUCAAAUCCUUGGCUGUCAACUACGAUCGCAGAGAGGUGCUGCGCAAAACCUGGGCUGAGGAGAGAAAGCAUAACGGCGUGUGGAUCCGGAGACUUUUCAUCGCCGGAACAAAAAGUUCCGGUUCUGAGAGAGAGCGACUGAACCAACUCCUCAAGAUAGAGCAUCGCGAGUACAACGACAUUCUCCAGUGGGACUUCGAUGACACCUUUUACAACCUCACCUUAAAGCAAAUGCUUUUCUUAGAAUGGAUGGAAAGGAAUUGCCCGCGUGCCCGCUUCCUGAUGAACGGCGACGACGACGUCCUCGCCAACACGGACAACAUGGUUGUGUAUCUCCAAAACCUUAAGGAUAAUGACGGAAGCAAGCAUCUGUUUACCGGCCACUUGAUCCAUCAUGUGAGUCCCAUUCGAAACCCACGCAGUAAAUACUUUGUUCCAGUUCAGCUGCAUGAGCCAAACGUGUACCCUCCUUAUUGUGGUGGUGGGGGCUUCAUCCUGUCUGGCUACACAGCUUCAGUCAUAUACAACAUGUCGCACUCCAUCACCUUCAUUCCCAUUGAUGAUGUUUAUAUGGGAAUGUGCUUAGCUAAGGCAAAGCUCCAACCUAGCCACCAUCUUGGAGUAAGGACUGCAGGACUCCACAUUCCCAGUAUUGAUUCAUACGAUCCGUGCUACUACAAGGAAAUGCUUCUUGUUCACAGAUUCCUCUCAGGCGACUUGUAUUUUAUGUGGCACAAAUUACACGACCCUAAUCUGAACUGCUCUACAAGCACGCAGAUGUAA